AUGUCCAUCGCCUCUGGCCCCCGCCACCAGGACCCGUCGCACGGUGUCCGCGACGCUCCUUUCCGCGAGGACCUUGCGCGUCCAGACGAUGCCCAACUACCCGAUGAGAGCGAGGGCGAGGGCGAAGGCGAGGAUGAGGACGAGGACUCGCUUGCUCCCGCCCUCUCACGCACGCCAUCAUCCCCACCCCUUGUAGACGUUGACUUGCCGCAGUCCGAGCUUGACCUGACCAUGACAUUCGAGUCCAUCCUGGCCGAGUCCUCGCGCGCCAGUAACCCUGAAGUGGAGAUUGUGCAGAAGCGCGCGAGCAAUGUCUUGAAGCUCACGCAGGAAAACGAGAAGCUCAAGGCGGAGCUGCGCGCGAUGACGGAGAGGCUCGAGGCUGCAGAGCGGCGGCAGCGGGAGCUCAGGCAGAAAGUUGGUCGACCGGGAGAAGGAAGCGCAACAUAA